AUGGCAGAUUUACCGACAUUUCGUGUCCAACAGUUGAGAGCAUUUACAACGGUGGGUGUUGACUAUGCUGGCCCAUUCAUUACCACCACCCACAAGUAUAGAGGUGUAAAAACAUUCAAAUCUUAUAUCUGCAUUUUCGUUUGCGCCUCCACGAAAGCUGUCCAUUUGGAAUUGGUGUCCGAAUUGACCAGUGAUGCAUUUAUUGCUGCCUUGCGACGAUUCAUAUCACGCCGAGGAAGUUGCACUACUAUAUUUUCCGAUCGUGGCACAAACUUCGUCGGAGCCUACAACCAACUGACGAAACUUGCCCAAGAUGCCGGCGGUGAACUAGGCAUACAAUGGCUUUUUAAUCCACCUGCUUCGCCGCAUUUCAACGGACUCACCGAAGCGGGCGUUAAAUCUGUUAAGACCCAUCUACACAGAGUCGUUGGUAAACAAGUUAUGACUUACGAAGAGCUUUAUACUUUGUUGGUACAAAUUGAGGCAGUAUUAAAUUCCCGGCCUCUAUGCCCUUUGAGUGCCGAUCCUAACGAUUUGCAAACCCUAACUCCUGGUCAUUUUUUAGCUCUUUCCCCUCUAAACUCUGAAAUUCCUAAUGAUGAGUUGCAGAAUAUACCAUCCAAUCGUCUCACGCGAUGGCAACUGUUGCAAGGAAUGCUUCAACACUUUUGGAGAAGAUGGAGCAAUGAAUACCUGCAUACGUUGCAACAACGGCGUAAAUGGAACGUCCCAAUAAAAAAUAUACAGGCUGGAACCCUAGUAUUAAUCAGAUAUGAAAUGAAAACUCCAUUACAAUGGGCCCUUGGACGGAUAACACAAAGUCAUCCUGGCGCAGACGGUAUUGUCCGCGUCGUAACCGUUGGCACUACGCAAGGGUUAUUACAACGCCCUGUAAUAAAACUUUGUCCCCUACCUUCAGAAACUUAA